AUGUUGAUAGAUAACAGAUCAGAAGUGACUGAGUUCAUCCUCCUCGGACUAAUCAGUGCCCCAGAACUACAGGUCCCCCUUUUUCUCGUGUUCAUUCUCAUUUACCUCAUCAAUGUGGUUGGAAACCUGGGGAUGAUAGUUUUGAUUCUCGUGGACCCUCGUCUCCACACCCCCAUGUACUUCUUCCUCAGUAACCUGUCUCUGGUGGACUUCUGUUACUCUUCAGCUGUCACUCCCAAGGUCGUGGCUGGGUUGCUUAUAGGUAACAAAAUCAUCUCCUACAAUGCAUGUGCUGCUCAGAUGUUCUUUUUUGUAGCCUUUGCCACUGUAGAAAAUUACCUCUUGGCCUCAAUGGCCUAUGACCGCUAUGCAGCAGUGUGCAGACCCUUACAUUACACCACCACCAUGAUGACAAGUGUGUGUGUACGUCUGGUCACAGGCUCCUAUGUCUGUGGUUUCCUGAAUGCCUCCUUCCACGUUGGGGACAUAUUCAGUCUUUCUUUCUGCAUGUCCAAUGCACUCCAUCACUUUUUCUGCGAUGUGCCAGCUCUAAUCGGUCUCUCUUGCUCCGAUAAACACAUUAGUGAGGUGGUUCUUGUCUUUUUGUCCAGUUUUAAUGCCUUGUUAGCUCUCGUGGUUAUCUUGAUUUCCUACCUGUUCAUCUUUAUCACCAUCUUGAAGAUGCACUCAGCUCAGGGACACCAAAAGGCUUUGUCCACCUGUGCUGCCCACCUCACGACAGUCUCCAUCUUCUAUGGGACGAUCAUCUUCAUGUACUUACAGCCCAGCUCCAGCCAUUCCAUGGACACAGACAAGGUGGCAUCCAUGUUCUAUGCUAUGAUCAUCCCCAUGCUGAACCCUGUGGUCUACAGCCUCCGGAACAAGGAGGUCAAGAGUGCAUUCAAGAAGGUGGUUGAGAAGGCAAAUUUUUCUAUAGGAUUAGGAUUUUAA